AAAUAAGGACCAAGUUGAAUCAGAACUCUACUACCGAACAACUUUCUGAACAGUCCCAAUAAUAUCGUUUUCCCAUUCGAACUAUUUGGAUUUGGACAUUUGAUUCGGUUGCCAUCCUUUCACGCUUAGCUCGAACCCCAAUCGAACUCUCGAGCAAGCUUACGGCUUAAUCGAAGCAUGGCCGACGAAAACGUUGUUGACCCGCCCGCCCUAUUCGGCAUGCGAACAAAUGCCAAGCGUAGACACACGAACCUUCUGCGGCAAGCAAGAGAGUUAAUAAACAUCAACGCCACGCGAGAAGAAUUCGAAGCAUUCAUGCCAACUCUCGAACUGGCACACAGUAAUCUCGUUCACAUUCACGAACGAUACGUGGCCGCCGCACAACUUGACGAUGGUGAACUGCACGCAGCAGCCACCUACUUAGAAAGCAUCAACAAUCUGCAAGCCGCAUGUGCUCAAGCAGUCGCUGCCGCCUUACGAAGAACAGCCCCUCGACGCGCAUGGAACAUUUCCAACACCGUGGCCCGUGAGCUCAGUCAAAAUGUAUCAAUUCCUCAACCUAAUCAAGAGAUCGACGCUGUGAGCAUCGUACCAGAGCCGCAACAGCCAAACGGCCAACCACAGCCGAACCAAGACGAUCGAUCAAACGACACGCAGCACGACACCUUAAAUCACGUAAAUUUCGACCUUCACACAGCAUCAAAACAACGCAAAAUCGAUCUUGAAUUUCGAUUGAAGCAAGCAAAAAUAUAACAGGAUCGUGAACUCAAAGAUCUAGAGCUCAAAAACGCGCGGGAACGAGAAGACCUGGAACUUGAAAUUCAGUACGAAAAUCACUUGAUCGAGAGCUGUGGUGGUGCAAUUGGAUCACCGCAAUUAUCGUCCACACCCAACUUACCAAGCAACGUCCCGAUGAAUGAUUUGGUUAACCUUCCGCUUCUGCCAGCUGUCGUUAACUCGACUCCACCGACGCAACCUAAUUUUGCCCCGUCGCAUCAUUGGCUGAAGCUAGACGUGGCAAAAUUCAAUGGAGACCCCCGUAAAUGGCUUAAAUACGCCCACGGUAUAAGAGCAACGAUCCGAGAUGUAAAUAUGCCCGAAUCGAUGAAACUUCUGGGGCUUCAAGAAAGUUUGAAGGAAGACAUCCAGCGUCGUGUCGCUCAUAUUUUCACGGGUGCGUACACUUUUCAAUCGGCUUGGGCUGAGCUAGAAAAAAAAUAUGGAAGCCCGCACCUUAUCAUACAAGCACACGAUCAGCAUAUGCAGCAGCUCCCUUCAUUCAGAAACGGGGACUUUAACCCACUCUUUAAUUUGGCCGCUGCAGUACGCGACGCCGUGUCAAGCGUAGAUGAAAGCCACGUCAUGAUGUUGAACACCGUCGCCAACUUACUUCAUACCAAAUUGCCAAUCAACUUACAAACAGACUGGGGAAAAUAUGCUUAUGGUUUAGACAGAAUGGCCACCUUAAAAGAUUUCGACAAAUGGAUCGAUCGCGUGCUCAGCGCUGAAGAACUUCGUGGCGGAAAGCUAUCGUCAUCCAACGCAAUAAACGCUGUUAAAAACCCCGUUCAGCCUUCAAAUAGCAACCGUCAGUUGGGCAGCUACACACCCGGAAGCAGCAACUACAAUAACCGCGGACCGACCGUUCUCGCAGGAUCCUUAUCAAACGUUACAACCCUUUCUGACUGCCCGGCCUGCCAAGAAAGUCCGGCCCACAGGUUAGAGAUGUGCAACGUGUUUAAACGAAUGUUGGUGAAUGCCCGCGCAUCGCUGUGUGCAACCAACAAUCACUGCUUCAAGUGUCUCGUCCGCGGCCACUAUGGACGGAAAUGCAACUCAACCGAAUCGAAAUGCAAGGAGUGGCAGGGCCCGCAUCAUUCGCUGCUUCACGGAGCCGAACGACAGUUUCCCUCCUCAUCGCGAAACCAAGGUAAAAACCAUACUAUAUUAAUGGUAAAGGCACCAACAGCCAAUAUCCGCCCAGUCCUAUUAGCUAUUGUCAAACUCGUAGUGGAAAUGAACAAUUCGGCUCAAACAACCUUCGCGAUUCUUGACCAAGGCAGCGAAGCUACUCUCAUAUCGCGAAAGCUAGCGAAUUUGCUUAAAUUGAAAGGUCCUUCAGCCAGCAUUUGCUUCGGCUCGUUUAACAACUCUGUGUUAAUGGAUUCGAACAUCGUAGCAUUCAAACUCAAAUCGAUAGACGGAUCGCAAGCGUUCGACGUUCGCGAAGCGUUUGUUGUCCCCAGCAUUAAUCUUUCGCAACGCAAAAUUAACUGGCCUGGCAUCAAGAAACGAUGGGAACAUUUGGCCGACAUCGACUUACCUGCCAUAGACUCUUCCAAAGUAGAAAUUCUUGUGGGGAUGGACAUGUUACCAGCUCUUCGAACGCUAAACACUGCUGCCCCAAAUGAUGGUGAAACCGGCCCUACCGCUUUGCAAACGUGUUUUGGCUGGGCUGUAGUGGGCAAAAUACCGUUGUGUCUAGUCGCCGGACCGAGCAACAAAAGCAGCGUGAACUUAGGUUUCGUCCGACAAGAACCCUUUCUUUCAGAAGUAGUUGACCGUUUCCAUUUAACUGAAACCUUCGGCGUCGUGGCAAAAGCCGCGAAAACAAAUCCAGCGGCCAACGAAGACGAGCAAAUGUUGAGCAUCUUACAGCGAUCGAUAAAAUUUAUUGGAUGUGGCUACCAAGUGGAACUUCCGCUUCGUCAAGACAGACCGGUCAUACCAAACAACAGAGGACAAGCAGUUUCCCGUUUCUGUGGCCUCGAACGCCGAAUGUUAGAGCCACAUAUGCGCGAGACCGCCGCAAAAUACGUAACCAUUGUCGAGAAUCUUAUAUCGUCAGGAACCGUGGUCGCCGUCAACUGGUCGGACAUAAACAAGCCGGAAGGUAUGGUUUGGUAUCUACCUCACUUCUACGUCGUUAACCCGAACAAACCCGAAAAAAUUCGAGUUGUCUUCGACUGCGCUGCGCUCUACAGAGGUGUGUCGCUUAACCAUUAUCUUUUGCGUGGCCCGCCGUUCAUCCCGUCACUAGUCGGCAUCCUCCUCCGCGCUCGUCAGUUUCUCGUCGCACUCACCGCUGACAUCACUGCGUUUUACCACAGAGUUGGUGUGGCCGAAAAACAUCAGUCCUUACAACGAUUUGUCUAUCGCGAAUUUAGCAGUAACGCACCAAUCACAACCUACCAAUUCGCAACCCUGGUAUUUGGAGCUGUUUGUUCCUCCUCUGCCGCAAUAUUCACUUUACAGCACGCAGUCAAUGCAAACGUACAAUUUCCGCAGGUCGCCGAUAAAUUGAAAGACAAUUUUUAUUCCGACAAUUUGAGCGACUCAUUCGAAACUAACGACGAAGCAAUAAAUUUCGCAAAGCAAGUAACGCAGUCUCUCGCGUCCGCCGGUUUUAGUCUGACAAGCUUCGCGUCGUCAUCCCGGCAAGUCUUGGCAACCAUCCCAGAAAAUCAGCGAACUUCAAACACCGUUGACUUGAAUAAAGACGCGCUACCUGUGGAAUAUCUUCUUGGUAUGGUGUGGGAUCUUAACUCGGACUCUUACGGCAUCAGAAUAAAAUCAAUGCCAACGGUUACUACAAAACGAGAAUUAUUGUCCGCAAUUUCUCUCACAUUCGACCCUCUCGGCAUUUGUCUUCCAGCCAUUACCGGCGCUAAACUGUUAUUUCAACAGACACAAAAACUGGCGAAAGAUACACCGGAUGUUCGUGGGUGGAACCAGCCUUUGUCAAUCGAAAUUUUGUCAAAGUGGAAGCAAUGGACCUCCAGCCUCGAAAAAUUGCGCCUUGUUUCUGUAAAACGAUGCUUCCGACCCGCCAACUUUCCCCUCGUAGGCUCCGAUUUUGUGUUGGUCAUUUUUGCCGAUGCUUCGCCUGUCGCCUUCGGAGUGGUCGCCUACCUGCGCGUACGAUUCGGUGAUAAAAUUCAUGUCAGCUUCGUCAUGGCCAAAGGUCGCCUGGCCCCCCUCAAGCCGACAACCAUCCCCCGACUGGAGUUGAAAGCGGCAGUAUUGGCCGUCAACCUGUCGUUGAUCGUGAAACAGGAGCUUCGACUUUCGUUUUCCUCAGUUGAGUUCAAUACGGACUCACAAAUUGCUUUGUAUCAGCUUCACGCCUCUCACCCCGGUCGUCCAUCAUUUGUAAACAAACGGACAAAUGAGAUUCUACAGCACUCGACGGUUGAUCAAUGGCACUAUAUUCGCAGCAGCGACAAUCCCGCCGACGAUUGUACCCGAGGAAUCGUUCCGAAAGACUUUGGGCCAAAUUGCCGCUGGAUUCGAGGGCCAGAUGUUCUUUUCAACGUGUCAUACACUCCACCGCCAUUUGAUCAGCAAAGCAUUAAGGCUAAAGAAAACGAAGAAAUACAGACGGUCAAUGUGCAACAGCUGCACGUUGCUAUAAGUUCUUGCCACCCGUUGUCAUCCGCUUUGUCUAAACUCAUCACCCGAAGCAUUCAACUUAACGCUCUGAAACGAGAAGCUGCUCUGCUGCUGCGCGGCGACUCCACGUCGAAUGAUGAUCUGAAUUCCGACGAGAUCACCGAAGCCUUCCGCAUCUGUCUGCUAGUGUCGCAGCAAGACGCAUUCUCACGGGAACGUGCAGCUCUUCAGAAAGGAAAAAUGAUCCCUCGUGACUCCGUCUUGAGGCGGGUCGGGCCAUACCUUGACCCAGACGACGGCCUGUUGAAAGUCGAUGGAAGAUUGGGCCACGCAGUGAUACCGGCACGUACCCGUAACCCAAUAAUUAUUGCACCGGAUCAUCCGCUUACAAGGCUUAUCAUCAGCGACCGUCAUUUACAAUUGCUCCAUUCUGGUGUGGAACACACGUUGAGUGUUGUUCGUGAGCAGUUUUACCUCCCACAAGGACGCAGGGCCAUCCGGCGUACACUUGCAUAG